AAUCUAUAAAUUUUGAUAUUUUAAUGGCCGUAAUUCACAAUAAAUAAAUAUUAAAAAUUAUAAUUCAAAAAGUAUUAAAUUUUAAGGUUAUAACUAGCAAAUUAUUCUUAAAUUGUAAAAUACAAAUUCAAAUGAAAAAAAAAAUAUUACAAGAUACUCAUAAAAGAAUUGGUAAAUAGAAAUAUCUAAUUCUGUUGUGAAUUGUGUGCUGUCCUGUCUUUUCCUCCCCAAAACAAGCUUCGCUUAUCCAGCAAGCGUUUAAACACAACUACAACUACAACUUUCUUCUUCAAAACCCCAUCUUUCUCUCUCCUCUUUUAGAUAUUUUCAUUUAUCAUCAUUUUCCUAUACAAAGAUCUUUUCUUUUUAGAGUUUUUCUUCUUCCUAUUUCUCUUGUACUUUAAUCUUCUCUUCAAACCCUAAAUCACCCACCUCUUUUUUUGAAUUUAAUUGCAGUUUGGAGAAUUGGGGGAGUGUCAUUUCCUGUUUUUUUGAUUGGAUUUUUGAUGGGGUGAACUAAAAGUGAGGGAAAAAAGAUUAAAUUGAAGAAAAUGAUGCAGUGGGAUAGCAGCUCUUCUGAAGAUAGUGGUGAUGAAGAGGAAGGAUUUUUUCUUGAUGAUGGAAAUUCUAUGCCUUUUCCUGCUCCGAACCUCCUUCAAACGACGCCGUGUGGGUUUGUUGUUACUGAUGCUUUGGAAACUGACCAUCCUAUUAUCUAUGUUAAUACUGUCUUUGAGAUGGUUUCUGGGUAUCGAGCUGAAGAAGUUCUUGGUCGCAAUUGUCGUUUUUUGCAAUGCAGAGGUCCAUUUGCUAAAAGAAGGCAUCCAUUGGUGGACUCAGCUGUUGUUUCAGAGAUAAGGAGGUGCCUCGACAUAGGGGUUGAGUUUCAAGGUGAACUGCUCAAUUUUAGGAAAGAUGGCUCUCCUCUUAUGAACAGAUUGCGGCUGGUUCCUAUAUACGGAGAUGAUGUAACUAUAACUCACUUUAUUGGAAUUCAGUUAUUCUCUGAGGCUAAUGUUGAUCUGGGUCCACUCCCUAGCUUUACGGCAAAAGAAUCUAUAAAGUCAUCUGAUCUUUUUCGUUCUGGUCUUUCAUCGUUUGAACCUUUUCGCUCUCGGGAGCGAAACAUGUCUUUUGAGCUUUGUGGGCUUUUUCAACUGAGUGACGAAGUUGUUACUCUAAAGAUAUUAUCGCGGCUGACACCGAGGGAUAUAGCUGCUGUGGGGUCUGUUUGCAGGCGGCUUUAUGAGUUAACAAAAAAUGAGGAUCUUUGGAGAAUGGUCUGUCAAAAUGCUUGGGGUUAUGAAACCACACGUGUUCUAGAGACUGUUCCUGGGGCAAAGAGAAUUGGAUGGGGCCGGCUGGCCCGAGAACUGACUACUCUUGAAGCGGCAACAUGGAGGAAGGUGACUGUUGGUGGUGCUGUUGAGCCCUCACGUUGUAAUUUCGGUGCUUGUGCAGUUGGAAAUCGUAUUGUCUUAUUUGGUGGAGAGGGGGUUAACAUGCAGCCUAUGAAUGAUACAUUUGUGUUGGAUUUAAAUGCUAGCAACCCCGAGUGGCGUCAUUUCAAAGUGAGCUCUCCACCUCCAGGUCGCUGGGGUCAUACUCUUUCAUGCGUGAAUGAUUCGAAUCUGGUUGUAUUUGGUGGCUGUGGAACUGAAGGCCUGCUUAAUGAUGUUUUCGUUCUUGAUUUGGAUGCCAAGCAACCAACCUGGCGUGAAAUUUCCGGACUGGCGCCUCCUCUUCCCAGAUCAUGGCACAGCUCUUGUACACUUGAUGGGACCAAGUUAAUUGUAUCGGGUGGAUGUGCAGAUUCCGGGGUACUUCUGAGCGACACGUUUCAGCUUGAUCUCUCAUUGGAUAAGCCUGUAUGGCGAGAAAUUCCGGCAGCAUGGUCCCCACCAUGUCGUCUUGGCCACACAUUAUCCGUCUAUGGUGGGAGGAAAAUCUUGAUGUUUGGAGGUUUAGCUAAAAGUGGACCUCUUCGUUUCCGUUCAAGUGAUGUUUACACAAUGGACCUGAGCGAGGAAGAGCCUUGCUGGAGAUGUGUCACUGGAAGCGGGAUGCCAGGAGCUGGAAAUCCGGGAGGGAUUGCUCCUCCUCCCCGGUUAGAUCAUGUGGCUGUGAGCCUUCCAGGUGGCAGGAUCCUGGUGUUUGGUGGAUCAGUGGCUGGUCUUCAUUCUGCCUCACAACUUUAUCUACUUGACCCAACCGAAGAGAAGCCAACAUGGAGAAUACUAAACGUACCUGGUCGGCCCCCAAGAUUUGCUUGGGGACAUAGUACCUGUGUUGUCGGGGGCACAAGGGCUAUAGUUCUUGGCGGUCAGACCGGAGAAGAUUGGAUGUUAACUGAGCUUCAUGAGUUAUCAUUAGCAAGCAUGGUGAAACAGGAGGAGCAGCUAUAGGAAAAGCAUUAUUCUGAUAGUAAUAAAAAUGGAGGAUUUUCACUGAAUUUGAAAAGUACCGACAGCCAAUUUACUGUUGCGAUAGAAUCGACAAUCGACAAUCGACAAUCGACAUUGACAUCAACCGUGGAUUGAUGGGUACUCGUGGAUUGACGUUGUUCUGCUCUCUGGUUCACAUCAUUGUCAGAUCGACUUCAUUCCAGAUUUGGAUUUUUGGGAUUCGUAUGAAACGAAAAAUAUGUGAAUCAUUCUUCGUUUUUUUACUGCAGAUCUUAUAGGUGGGUUAAUUGUCAUAGUUUUAGAGUUUCACUUCACUACUCUUGAAGUUCAGGUUCUUCUACAUCCCGAGCCUUCCUUUUCUUCCGUUUCUUCCACUGUUUUGAGGUCCGUAGUAUCUAGGAGCAUGGGCGAACAAAUAAUUCCAAAAAAGAAAAAAUAAGAGGAAACAAACCCCUUGAUUAAACCUUGAUGGAAAGCGGGUGGUUCAGUAUAUAUAUAUAUUAUAUAUAUAUAUACCAAGUAAUGUACUACUUUUGUGUAUGCAUUUGUAGUGAGAAAUACUGUAUUUUUCUCGUAUCUCUUUGUACAACAUCAAUCUUCUCUUCAGGUUCUACAGACUCUGAACCGAGCAGAAGCUGAAGUUGAAGUUUGGCUUUUUUUUCUCCGCACUUGAUUGUUUUAUAUUUUUGUGACGCCUUAAUUUUGUUUCCUUAUGAUAAUAUCUGAUCAAUUAACUCUUCGUAUAAA